AUGGCCUCCGCUGGGGGCGGUUUUAAGCACAGCUGUGCGGCAAACUGGAUGGUCGCCGGGAGGUUCUUGAUGACCGACUGCAAGACGGGAAACGGGGAGGAGAUGAUUCGCACCGCGCUAGAUCUCGACAACUGCAUAGGCAAUGAACAGUCCGACAUGAAACCAAUGAAUAAGUGA